AUGGCGAGGGGGGGAACUGUGUUCCUCGUGCUAUGGGUGGUCGCCGUCGCCGCUGCAGCCGACGGUAAACAAGAUAUAUCAAGUUCCACAGAAGCGGAACAUAGCACAAAUGCUCCCACGCCACCUAUACCACUUCGACCUGAAUAUGCUCAUCCAGCAGGAGUUGAAGCAUUAGACCCAUACAAUUCAGAAAAUAAUCAUCCUGUUCCCCAUCACAAAGACUAUUUGGAAGAAGAUUAUGAUCAUGAAUCACAUAAAGAAGAUGAUCACGAUAGUAGAGAUGAUGCAGAUGAAUUGCCAUCGUUAUCAGGAGAUCAUCUUUUGCAAAGUUCGACCGAUGAUCUUCCAAUUUUUCUCUUGGAGCCACAGCACUCGUUUGUUGUUCGAAAUAAACCGGCUAUGCUACGAUGUCGUGCCGCUAAUGCUUUGCAAGUGUACUUCAAAUGUAAUGAUGUGCGUUCAGUUGCUAGCACUCAGUUUGAAUUCGUGGAUCCACAAAGUGGUGUUAGGAUUGUGGAGGCAGAAUGCAAUGUAACAAGAGAUCAAGUCGAAGAAUAUUUUAGUGAAGAAUUUACGUGUACGUGUUUUGCUUGGAGCAGCAGAGGUGAUAUAAGAAGUCAGCCGGCCAUUGUCAAACUUGCAUAUAUAAGAAAACAAUUCACAAUGUCUCCGUCACCAACUUCAGUGGAAGCUGGAUUGACAGCGUCUCUGCGUUGCUCUCCACCGGAAGCUGUGCCUAUUCCGAGGGUUUCUUGGCUGAAACACGGCACGCCGUUGCAACAAGAUCACAAUGUUGUUAUAUCAGCCGAAGGCAACCUGGUUAUAUCGAGGGCAUCGUUGCAGGACAUGGCAAACUACAGUUGCGUGGCCGAAAAUAUAGCUGGAAAAAGAAUUUCCGAGCCCGCUCUUUUGACGGUAUACGUGAACGGAGGCUGGAGUUCCUGGGGUCCAUGGACACAGUGCCGCUGCAACGGACGUGUAACCGGCGGGCAACGGCGCACGCGCACCUGCACCGAACCCCACCCUCUAAACGGGGGAGCCCCGUGUCAAGGACAAGCCGUGCAGAGAACUAACGACUGUGUUCCCUGUCAAAGUGCAUUACCUGGUCGCUGGGGAACCUGGUCAGAAUGGUCAGUCUGCGGUGCAGACUGCAGGCAGACCCGACGCAGAGCCUGCACUGGAGACACGCCCUGCUCGGGAGCACACGCGCAGCACGCUGACUGCGUCGGAGACUACUGCGGUGUACAUGGUGUUUCCGCACACAGUGACAUUCCAUUGUACAUCGGCAUAGCCGUCGCAGUCGUCGUUUUUCUAUCUGGAGCAGCCGUCGUCUAUAAGCUUCUUCAAAGAAAGACGAGAGAUCAUUCACUCUACACUAUGACUAGAACAGAUUUUCAACCAGAAAUGUAUCCAACGGUAGAAAAGCAGUCACUUUCAUUGGCACCAGAUCUAAUGCAACAUCGACCCCCAAGAUAUGAGCAUCCGCAACCUGAUUCAAGAGCAGAGCACCAUUAUGAUGUCCCGCAUCUCACUAACAGUUACGCAUCUCCAGUCGACCAUCAAGUAACACCGUGCGCGUCUAGCAAAGGACAAAGUGACGAGUAUGACAGCAAGCCCUACAGCGAAUCUGAACAUUCUGUUUCCAGUUGUUUCACCAGUUCCGGCUCUAUGUACGACGCGGCGAACGAAUCCGUUACGCUCCAACUAGCAGAACUCGUCUCGAACUCACCUACGUCGCAAUCUCUCUCUGUAACUAGCGCCGGUGCAAGGUUGGCCUUGCCAGCGGCUGGGGUCGCUCUAUCUAUCCCUGAAGGGGCACUUAGUAGGUGCCGAAGGGAACAAAUGUAUGUGGCUGUAGUCAAGGAUGACCGAUAUAGAUUUCGAUUGGGAAAAGGCAUCACGCAAUUGAGCCCUGUAGUUAAAUGUGGACCGCCGCGCCUUCAGCUAAACAAGUCAGUUGUGCUCCAAAUCCCACACUGCGCUAGUCUAAAACAUGGCUUCUGGAAUCUUUCCUUAUACGCCAUUGAUCACAAUAACUCCAAGUCAGACAACCCGCAACCGCAAUGGAAGAAAGUGGUCAGUCUUGGUCAGGAGACCAUUAAUACCCCAGUGUUUACUCAACUGGACAAUGAGAAGAUAUUUUUAGUGACGGAUAUUUUAUCUACUUUUGUUCUGAUCGGGGAGAGUUUCAAUGGUAAAGCUGUAAAGGCACUCCAGCUGGCAAUAUAUGCACCAGCUGUACCUAAUGAGGCUUCUCUGGAGUAUAACAUACGACUAUACAUUUUUGAAGACACACCGUGUGCGCCGUAUUAUUGUCAGGAGCAAGAAAAGAAGCUGGGAGGUGUUUUAAUCGAUCGACCGAAAACUCUUCUAUUUCAAGAUGGAGGCUCUAAUCUUUGUUUAAACUUGGAGCACGUAAGUCCAGGAUGGAAAACAAAACCAGGAUUAGGUUAUCAGGAGAUACCAUUUAGUCAUGUCUGGAGUUCGAACUACAACGCGCUACAUUGCAGUUUUGUUCUAGAAAGGACUCAUGAUUGCGAUACCAUUGACUUCAGUAUUUCGGCCUGUCAAAGGACCAAUCCAUCAUACAAACAAACUUUCAGAAUAUCCUUAGAAGAUAUACGCAGCCGUUCGCCACGUGGCAGGUCUCCACGUGCAGAGUCUCAGCGUAGUUUCAACAUAACUGAAAAUUUAAUAGAAGCUAGAAUGUGUCGAAGCGACGAAGGAAGUGAGGGAAGUGCUAAAAGAAACGUCACAGUCAGCGAAGCGGGAAUCAAUGAAUGCACGGGUGAAGGACCUUUUAAGCUAAGUGCUCGAGUAAAGAGGCAACUAUGCGCUAUAUUAGACCCGCCGAAUGCCCGCGGUAACGACUGGCGUGCACUUGCGUCGAGGCUCGGUGUAGACCGUUAUACAACGUGGUUCGCCACAAAGAGCUCGCCCACCGAGGCUAUCUUAGAGUUAUGGGAGUGUAGGGAACGCGGCCCGGGAGCUACCGCUUCCUUAGCGGCCGCAUUACGUCAGAUGGAUCGACAUGAUGCCGCCGAUUUACUACAAGGCCGGCCCUCUUGGUUAUGA